AUGCAGGCCGGCCAGCCGCAGCGGCCUCUCAGGAGCCAUCUGCGCACGCAGUCCCGAAGCACCAUGCUUGCAGUACAGUCGUCCGCUCUCGAGAGGCUCAGCAAGAUGAAUGCAUCCGCUCGAGUCGCUUCCGCCAGCGACGCCUUCUCUUCUUCAUCUUCCCCAUCUCCUUUCCGUCCUCCGUCCACUUCUCCGUCUGCUCUCGCAUCUUCUGACGGUAGCGCCACCCUCACCACUAGCUCCUCGACGCAUACAGCUCUAGUUGAGCGCACAGACGCAAGCCACCCCACCCACCACUCUCAUCCUAGCGGACCCGGCAACGUGCGUGGUCAACCCUUUUUCUCUUCUGGACGGAGGCCGUCUCUCACACCCUCCAGCACAUCCUUGUCCGACAACGAGGACUAUACCGCCUUGUUCGACGCCUACCGCUCACCCGAGGGUGCGUUCGAGACACUGCACACAGAGACGGAUACGCGCGACUCGGGUUACCAGCCGCUUCAGCUCGAUUUUCUUCGCACCAGCAGUGCCGUCCAGCAAGGCGAGGACGACGACCACGACCACGACCACGACGAAGACCUCAGAGACUUGACCGCAUACAGGUUCCCAAAGUCGCUCGGCAUGAAUGUCGACUCACUCAGACGCACCAGUGCCGACCACUACGCAUACAACGCCGAGGGCUACUCGGAUUCCUCUGUGCAGUACAGAGCCAAGGCGGUCGAUGAUGCCUACGCGGCCGCGGCAGGUACGAUUGAGGACUCGUAUGCGCAGUUGAUCUCGAGGCUCUCUCUGGCUCGUGAGCACACUACUUUUGACCAAGAGCCAAGCCGGAACCAUCAGAGGUCGUACGAGCAGAGUCAGUACUACAGCGAACAAACCACGCCCAAAACCUCGUCCUUCAGGGACUCGCCUUCUGCUGCUAGCCUCAAGUCUGCCAGCAGCAUCAGCGAUGCACACGAGGAUGAGCUCAGGACACCGCCCGAACCCAACUUCCUUGGGUUUGAGCAGACGGUCGACGAGGGCAAGUACCACUCGACUCGCCGGCCACCCAUUCCUACCCAGUCGCCACCUUCGGCGUCGUCUAGGAGCGGAACAGCAGCUCCGCAAUUGGGCUCUCCGUUCCAGCCCUCUCAUCUCCAGACGCAGCAGUCUUGUCAGCCUGGCGACCGCGUCGAUGCACAAGCUCUGUUUGGACGCUUUGAUAUUGGCAACAGCUCCGAGCUCGAGCUGCUCAGCGACGAUGUCAGUGCCCAACGCUUGGCGGCUGGCAAAUCCAAGAUGACGCCGCGCCACUCGCCUCCUCAAUCCAGCGAGGGUCACGACAUGCCCAGGUCGUCGUCGGCUCUCGCUGUUAUCGAAAGCAAUACGCCUUUUACUCGUCUUGGGCCAAAGGAUGUGGCCUUCAGCGCAUCUACACUCCCGGAACGCCAGAUCUCCGCCGCAGAGUGCAUCGACAUUGUCGUGUCUCGCCACCCUUCGAUCUGUGAUGCGCCUCUGCGCGAGUUUGGCGAGGAUGGUCAGCCGCUGCCGCCCACCAAGAAGCAGGAGACAAGCGACGAGGAGCGCCAGGCCCGUCGUGAAGCACUUCAGGUCAAGUUUUGCGCCAAGCAGCGUCUCUCGCUCAUCAAGGCCAUGAUCGUGAUGGAGUCGCGUUCGGCAUCCUGGAAGCGCAUCGGUCCUUUGAACGCUAGCAACAAGACAGUCUACGCCCUCUCGGAGCAGCAGCAACACCAGAACGAGAUCUCGCCUGGUCUGUCUGGCGAAGUGGGCCGUCUGCCACCCAUGCCGAGCCCGUGGUCGAUGGAGAUGCGCCACGAGCAGCUCGACGUGGCACAGAUCAAGGGCAAGUCGAAAAAGACGAUCGAGCUCGCCUCUCUUCGCACCAACGCCCAGUGUGUCAAGUGCGAGGGCAGCGGACUGGGCGCGUGCCUCACGUGCAAAGCUGAGCAAGCCGACGAGUGCUUCUGGUGCUGCGGUACAGGACGCGAAAAGACGCGUGCGCAGGCAUGGUGCCGUCGCUGCCAGGGAGCCGGCGUGCUCAAGUGCAACACGUGUCAGGGCAGCCUCAAGUCGCAGUGCAGUUCGUGCGAGGGCAAGGGCACGGGAGAGUACGGCUUCUUUGUCGAUGUGACGGUCAAGCGCGUCGAGAUGCCGGCGGUGCCCAUCUCGACCUUGUUCCCGCAGUUUGACCCGUGCACUACCGCAUUUGAGCCUUCAUACGACGAGGUGAAAGCGGCGGCCACACUGGCUCUAUGGGACUCAAUCACCAAGCUUACCGAGGCACGCACGCAGGCGGCGGUGACCAAAGGCGGCAAGGCCAAGAGCAAAACGAUGGUGCCGGUGAUGGCGGCGUGCACGUGGGAGAACUCGAUCACGCACAUUGUGGCGGUGGAUGUCCCGCAGGCAGCCAAGUUCAAGAAGGGAGCCUCUCCCGCACUGCGCCCUGAGGGUCUCCACCGCAAGAUUCCGACCAAGAGGAGGUUCUUCACGGUGCCCACAGAUGCGGACCUCCGAUCGGUCGAGCUGUCCGAGGCCGAGGUGAAGAAGCUGGGUGCCGUGCCGUCAAGCAGCGGCCACACGUACCAGCGUGGCAGCGUCUCAAACACGGCUGCUCAGUCGUCACCUUCUCUCGCAAGCCUCAACAGCUCGCCUGCAGCGAGCUCGUUGGAUCUGUUUGGUGGCCGACCGCUGCUAGCCACGCCCGAACAAGGCGGCAGUGUGUCGGGCUAUUCGACACCUUCUCGUGUACCCAGCCCGCGCGCGGACAUGCCUCCGGCCAAGCCAUCCGCCAAGGAGUUUGUGCACCGCCCCAGCCCGCUCUCGCAGCUCGCCGUCGCCACGCCUCCUGGUUCGAACAUGCUCGCGGUCCAGCACAGCGACAACCAUGAGAGCUGGCUUUCGGACGAUCUACAGCGCAGUUACGAUCUUUACCGCCUCUCACCACGCCGCUUCGAUGGGCAAGACUACGAGCAGCCCCCGACGCCCAAAGGUAGGCGGCCUUCUGCCGGCAACAUCAUGUCCAAGAAGCUCAGCUCCAACAUCCUUCACAAACUCGCCGCCGCCCACCGUGACAGCGUCUAG